AUGAGUGAUGAAACUGGGGAAUCAAUCUCUCAAGGCAAAUCGACGGGUUUGGAAGAAAGAGAACUGCCAAACAUAUACGUGGAGACAGUGUCACUGACUGAAGGCGAAAUCCCCAGAGAGGCUAUUCCCAUGACUACCACAAGCCCCUCUCCAUUUCAAUACUGGAAGGAAGUGGCUCGGUAUGUUCUUUAUGAAGAAAUCUACGAUGAUGAAGCUGAAGUCUUCAACAAUGCCCAGUGUCCUACGGUGCCAUAUCACGUUCUGGAAAAACUUCUCAUUAUUUUACGUGAUGGUAAGGAUUUUGAGGGUAAAUAUCAACACAGAAUGCUAAAACAAGAAUAG